AUGGGUGAGGUGACGGGUGAGGUUCAAGGCUCCGUCACACCUUCUGGAUCGAGCCCCUCCAGCAGAGGGCAGUGGUCCAACAAAGUGGAGUUCCUCCUGGCUGUGGCAGGAGAGAUCAUUGGUCUGGGGAACGUGUGGAGGUUUCCUUAUCUGUGCUACAAAAACGGUGGAGGUGUGUUCUUCAUCCCCUACAUCCUCUUCUUCUUCACCUGCGGCGUCCCCCUCUUCCUGUUGGAGACCUCUCUGGGUCAGUACACACAACAGGGAACAAUCACCUGCUGGAGGAAGAUCUGCCCCCUGUUUGAAGGCCUUGGUUACGGCACUCUGAUGGUGGUUUGGUACUCCAGCAUCUACUACGUGGUGAUCCUGGCCUGGGCCUUCUUCUACCUCUUCUCUUCCUUCAGCUCUGAACUUCCCUGGGCGAGUUGUAGAAACAUCUGGAACACAGAGACCUGUGUGGAGUUUGACGGAGGCGUCAACAUUUCCAACACCGCUCUGCCUGAAAACGCGACGUCCGCAGUGAGAGAGUUCUGGGAGAGAAGAGUUCUGAAGCUCACAGGAAGUGCUGCUGAGCUGGGCAGUGUACGCUGGGAGUUGGCCCUGUGUCUGUUGUUGUCCUGGGUCGUCUGUUACUUCUGUGUCUGGAAAGGCGUGAAAUCCACAGGAAAGGUCGUUUACUUCACCGCCACCUUCCCAUAUGUCAUGAUGUUGGUUUUACUGGUACGAGGACUCACUCUGCCCGGAGCCUUAGAUGGAAUCAAGUUCUACCUCUACCCAGACGCCUCCCGUCUCACUGACCCACAGGUGUGGAUGGACGCUGGCACUCAGAUAUUUUAUUCCUUUGCUCUUUGCUUUGGCUGUUUGAUGACACUGGGCAGUUAUAACAAGUACAACAACAACUGCUACAGGGACUGUGUAUAUUUGUGCCUAUUGAACAGCGGGACGAGCUUUGUAGCAGGAUUCGCUAUUUUUUCCGCACUGGGAUUUAUGGCGUACGAGCAAAAUGUCCACAUAUCCAAAGUGGCAGAGUCAGGUCCGGGGCUAGCGUUCAUCGCUUAUCCUCGAGCCGUUGCCAUGAUGCCUUUUCCUCAACUGUGGGCAGUUUGUUUUUUCGUUAUGAUCAUCCUCCUGGGACUGGACAGUGAGUUUGUAGGACUGGAAUCUUUGGCAACGUCGAUUUCCGACGUGAAUCCAGGCUUUUUUCGCACUGGUUACAGACGAGAGCUCCUCCUGCUGGCCAUCUGUGUUGUUUGUUUUUUUCUCGGCCUUGUAAUGGUCACCGAGGGAGGACUCUACAUCUUCCAGGUGUUUGAUUACUACGCCUGCAGUGGGAUGACUUUGCUGCUCUUUGCCGUACUGCAGUCUGUCAGUGUGGGGUGGGUGUACGGUGCGGACCGCUUCUAUGACAACAUCCAGGACAUGAUUGGCUACAGGCCUGUGUCCCUGAUGAAGUACUGUCUGAAAUAUGCUACACCCGUGGUCUGCACGGGAACUUUUUUCUUCUCCUUAAUCAAAUACACGCCCCUGAAGUUUGACAACGUGACGGAGUACCCGUGGUGGGGCUACGCCCUCGGCUGGUUCUUCACCCUCUCCUCCACGCUCAUGGUUCCCACCUGGGCAGUGUACCGGCUGGGCCAGACCCCUGGUACACUACGACAGAGGAUCUCCAGCCUGUGUACUCCAGCUGAGGACCGCACGGCUACGUCUCCACAGCAGAGGAAGUCUCCUCCUCGGAACGCAGUACUACAGUAUACUGACGGCUGUACUGCAGUUUCUAGUCAUACUACGAAACUUUAAACUGUUCACACGUACUCGGCUAAAGACAUCAGUGGAAAAUGUUAAAUAUAUAUUUGAAACAGAACAUACUGUGUACUGUGUACUGUAUGUAGUAAAGUAGUACAAUAUGGAGUAUAUGGUGUAGUGGUAAUUCCUGCUCUUUUUUGGUCUUUUUGUUUUGUUGUUUUUCCAAAAGCUGUUGCAGUGGAAUUUUAACAACCUGUCAAGUCAAGUUCCUGUUCACAGAUCUGAUGUCUUAGAGUAUGAACUUUACUGAGUCACUGUUGCAGGUGACCAGGUGACCAGGUGACCAGGUGACCAGGUGAAUGUUGUUUUUGUGUCACAAUAUAUUUGAACAAAUAAUUCUUUGUUGUUCAAGCCUUGUUGGUCUGUGAUUGUCUACUGACUCGUGUCCGUGCUGAAUAAAACCCACUUCACAUUCAUUUAUUCGUAUUUUGCCGUGUGGCGUCGUCUCAUGAACACUCCUCGGCUGCAGGACGUCCUGUACCGUGUGCACAGACCUGGGUUGGAGUUUGUGUCAAACAUCACAGGCCGUGAUGCGUUUGAUUGAUUAGCGAUGGCUGCGUGUGACUUGUUAUUACAGUGUGUAACAACACAUCGCUGACACGUUGUUGGGGCGUUUUCUUCUUCCUGGACCGGGGGCAUAUCUGCGAUUCUAUAGAACAGAGGAGGAAUGCUGCAUCAGAUACAGCAGUCGGUCUGUGUCGGUCUGUGUUGGUCUGUGUCGG